AUGCGCUUCUCAAUCUUCGCUCUCGCCGCCUCGCUGGCUGCCUUUGCAACCGCAUCCCCUCUUGUCAACCGCGCACCUAUCAUCAACACCACCCAGCCCUUCUACCUCUUGACCACCGACUCACCAACCUACUCUUCAAACUCCUCUCUGCUUCCCAACGUCUCCUUGACCAGUCUCUUCGACCCUUACUACCAGCCUAACUACCUCCUCCGCCUCAUCGCACCUGGCUAUGGCAGUGUGCCUCAGUUUACACUCUCACAGGGAGUGUUGCACACACCUGGCAAGGGACCCCACGGUAUCGGAGACUACAUUUUCAACAGCACCGAGGUGCACACUGGCUCCGAGUUGCAGUUUAGGGCUCAGUACGAGGGUGCAGGAGAUCUGAGUCUCGAGAGGGGAUAUCUGCUCGGUGUCAAUGGAAGUACAACUGGAUGGACCAUCUGUGUGGAGGAGCUGGGCCAAAGAGUCGGUACCGAUGAGGGUUGCACGCAGACUUACAUCCAGGCUGCUUUGACCGUGCCUUACUAA